AUGACCACUCAAGAAUCGAUCAAACCUUUGGUGGAUAGAAUUCUGUCAAACCCCCUGCAGUUUAAUGCUGCAAUGAUCUCUAACAAAUCGAAUAAUAAUGAUACUUCCGCCGCACCGGAAAAUGGCUCGUACAUCGUGAUAGGCAAACAGCAUAAUAACAAUAGCAGUAGCACAGCUAUUACUGCGACGGCUAACUCCGAGCAAAUAUUGGACGAUAACUCGAUGGAAAGGCCAAAUGGAAAAAAUUCUAGUGUCCCCAAAUCUAUGGCUGAAGCUUUAUUGCUGUAUACUUCUAAAAAUAGUAAAAAUGCAGCCGAUGCUACUGCUACCAAGAAGCCAGCCGAGCUUUCUACGGAGCUUUCUACGGAACCUCCCUCCUCUGCUUCGGAAGAUGACAGAGAAGGAAAAGAAGAGGAAGAAGAAAUAUUCCAUGAAGCAAGAGAUUAUGUAGAACCUCGAAAAGCUAGUUUAAAGGAACGUGGUAACAUUGAUGAAGACGUUGGUGAAGACGUUGGUGAAGACGUAGGCGAAGAAUUAAGUGAAGAAUUAGGUUCUCCAUUAACAACCGUUGAUGACUUGGCUAAUGAAAAUGAAAAGAAAAAGGAAGAACAAAAGGAGCUGUCUACUAGUAUUAGCGGCGAUGAUGAAGAAGACGAAGAGGACGAGGACGACAUGGACUAUGAUUCUAGCGCUAUGGAAAAAGAGCUUCCUGAAGAGGAGGAGAACGAUUCCACCUCUACCAUUUCCGAAGACGAAAAAAAGGGCUUAUAUCAAGAUUUAGUAGAAAACAGCACAGUGAAAGCAAAACAGUACCAACCAUUAAAUAACGAUGCCAAAGAAAACAAAAACGGAAACGAAAGAGAUGAGCAAGAGGAAGAGGAAGAAGAACUAAAACAUAAAGCAAGGUCCAUCACCCCACCAAUUACAAUAUCAAAUCUAUCAAACUUUCACCAAUUCAACGAAAAUAUCAAUGACCAUGGUUCCUUAAACUCUACUAGAAUAGUUAAAAAUUGGGGCGAUCAAUUCACGAAUUUGAAACCUCGUGGCCUUUUGAACCAUGGUGUCACUUGUUACACAAAUGCGGCUGUACAAGCCAUGUUACACAUUCCUCCCAUACAACAUUAUCUAUUUGAUAUUCUACUGGGAAAAUAUGAUAGCACCAUUCCGAAAAAUUCCGUUUCGUACAUUUUAGCUGAAACAAGUAAAAAAAUGUGGUUACCAGUCUCAAAAAACCCUAGAAAGAACAUUUCAGCUUCCUACAUUAAUCCAAAACACUUGAUUUCCAGAUUGGAUGACAUCAAUUGUAUGAUGAGCGAAUGGCAGCAAGAAGAUUCACAUGAGUACUUCAUGUCUUUGAUGUCAAGAUUACAGGAAGAUUCUGUCCCAAAAGGUCAUAAACUUAUAGAAUCAAUAAUCUACGACAUAUUUGGCGGUCUUUUAAAGCAAAUCGUUACUUGUAAAUCUUGCGGCAGUAUAUCUAAAACAGAACAGCCCUUUUACGAUUUAUCGUUGCAUUUGAAGGGGAAGAAAAAACUUGAUCCAAACCCUCAUCUGUUGGGUGAUAGCAAUAACAUUAUUUCAGCCGCCAAUUCUAAUACCACCAGUAAUACUGCUGCACAGCCGUCCUCUUCAUCUUCUUUGUCUGCCAGCUUAAACAACGGCUCACCGGCCGUCGCUGUCAGUGAUUUAAGUUCGUCGAACCGUAGGUUUUCUAUUGAGAAGUCAAUUAAAGAUUUUUUCAAUCCCGAAUUAAUUAAGGUCGACAAGGAGCAAAAGGGUUACGUUUGUGAAAAGUGUCAUAAGACCACAAACGCCGUAAAGCAUAAUUCAAUUUUAAGAGCUCCUGAAACUUUGCUGGUACAUUUGAAAAAAUUCAGAUUUAAUGGCACAUCCUCAUCAAAAAUGAAGCAAGCUGUAUCGUAUCCAAUGUUUUUAGAUCUGACAGAAUACUGCGAAAGUAAAGAUCUACCUGUCAAGUACCAAUUAUUAAGCGUGGUCGUUCAUGAGGGUCGUUCUCUAUCUUCAGGUCACUACAUUGCCCACUGCAAGCAACCAGACGGAAGCUGGGCUACUUACGACGAUGAAUAUAUUAAUAUAAUAUCUGAAAGGGAUGUAUUAAAGGAACCUAAUGCAUAUUACCUUUUGUACACGAGGCUAACCCCAAAGUCAAUUCCAUUGCCAUUAGCAAAAUCUACCAUGACCACUGAUGAUGUUACCUCGAAGUCUAAACUAGAACAAGCGGUCAACGAAACAAAUAAUCGUCCAUUGAAGAUUAAUAACAGGAAAAAUAGGAAAAAAUGGAAAAAAAAUAAAAAAAGGAAGUCCACCAAAUGA